GCCCCGGCCCCCGGCCCGGCCCGGCCAUGAAGUUCCUGUACAAGGAGGAGCAUCCGUUCGAGAAACGUCGCUGCGAGGGCGAGAAGAUCCGGAAAAAGUACCCGGACCGUGUCCCGGUGAUCGUGGAAAAGGCGCCCAAGGCCCGAAUUGGGGACCUGGACAAGAAGAAAUACCUGGUGCCCUCGGACCUGACAGUGGGGCAGUUCUAUUUCCUGAUCCGGAAGAGGAUUCACCUGCGCGCCGAGGACGCUCUGUUCUUCUUCGUCAACAACGUCAUCCCCCCCACCAGCGCCACCAUGGGACAGCUCUACCAGGAACACCACGAGGAGGAUUUCUUCCUUUACAUCGCCUACAGCGACGAGAGCGUGUACGGGGCCUGAGGCGGCGCUGCCCGCGGGGCUCUCCCGGUGCUUCCCGCCCCCGCCUUUGCCGUUUCUCCCCCCCAUUUUUCCCCUCCCCGGUUUCUUUUUCCCGCCCCCUCCCCCUCCCCAAAAUAAAAAGCGACGGAGCCGCCUCAGGGCCUGGA